UAGCAGAUCGCGAUUGCCGGGCCUGACCGCCGCCGUCAUUUCGCGUCAAACGUCAAACGUCAAAUUCUAGCCGUGCGUCGCUUUUCCGCGCGUUUGCUCGUUGGCGAAAAUAAUACACCUGUACGAGCAUGCCGCUGCACCGGUACACGCACGCGAUUCUGUGCAGAAUCCCGUUGUCGUUGCGCACACGGGGCGAGGUGACAUUGGACGAAGCUAGGACGCAACACCUGGCCCUGGCGCAGCUCCUGCGUGAGCUUGAUGUUGACGUCGUCGAGAUGCCGCCCGACGAAAACUCGCCGCUCUGCGUUUUCGUCGAGGACAUCGCCGUCGUCUGUAACGGCAUCGCCUUGAUCGCCCGGCCGAGCGAGCCAUCGCGUCUUAAAGAGCUUGAUAUCAUCAGAGCUGUUUUGAAGAAAGAAUUAGAAAUACCACUUAUAGAAAUAAGUGAUAAGAAUGCUCGCUUGGAUGGAGGAGAUGUCCUCUUCACUGGUAGAGAAUUUUUUGUUGGACUUUCUCACUUUACAAAUGAAGCAGGGGCACGAGCAGUUGCUGCAGCAUUUCCAGAAUAUCCAUGUGUACCCAUUAAGGUGGGUGAUGGUGGUGAAGAGGUGAUAGUGGAGAGUCUUACCUCAGCUCCUCUUCAGGUGGCUGAAUCCAAACGCUUGAAAUCGCUAGUUACAAUGGCUGGUCCAGAUGUUAUAUGUGUAGGAGCUGGAAAGGAAUCUCAAGAAGUUCUUAAGAGAAUCGAACGGGAGGCAACGUACAGUUACCAAACAUUGACCGUGCCCGAAGACGCAGCUGCUAAUGUGCUCUAUGUGAACGGCACGCUCAUUCAUCGAUCGGAGGACGAGAUCCCGCAAUCGAGUAAGGUCUUCGCUGAGAAAGUAGAAUUCCCGACUAGAUCGCUGCGUUUGUCUGAAUUGGCAAAGGUUAGUUCCGGGUUGUCGUCCUGUUGUUUAUUAGUGCGCAGACCGCGACAUAUUCGUAGCAUUUAAACGGGAAAAGAAAAUGAUAUAUUCCGCGAUUUCUAAUCGCAAACUACACACAUCGCCAGUGCUAUCCGCGUACACGAAAUGUAAAACCAAAUUCUCUUUUCUUGUCGAGUCUGCGACGAAACACGAUGCAAUGCAUGACAUACAAUGACAAUAUGUCAUCCCAACAUUCUGAUAAAUAUUUUUUAACUAAUUUAAAGAGUUACUGUAUCAUUUUUAGUAUUUCUUUAUGAGAGAAAGAGAUUUAGUAUUUGAAGAGAUUAUUAAUAUAUAUACACACAUAUAUAUAUACACAAUUUUUAUAUAUUUAGAGUAGAAAUGUAAUAUAUUCAGAUUUUAUAUUAAGUUAUAUUUUAUAUCUAUGCUUUUUGCAAAAAAACACUUGCCAUUUAUUUAAAUUUUUUGUUUUUUAUACACAUAAUUCUUAUUUCUUUAAGUGCAGCUAUAGAUUUUUUCUUCAAUAAUUUCCUAAGUAUUUUUUGCUCUAUUUAUUGUUUGUUUCGUGCAGCUUUUUCUUCUACGAUAUCCUAAAAAAUAUACUAUAAUACAUUUAUAUCUCAUAGUCCUCAAUAUGAAUACAAGUAUGGCACAUACUAUAAUAUGGCACAAAUCCAAUUUUAUAUAUAGAGGUGGGGGGUUGGAAUAUUGAUUCUUAUUAUAGCAUAGAAUUGAAUCGAAAUUAAUGAUAGAUUAUUUAUAAUAUGAAAAAUUUACACGAUUAGGAAGGAUAUCGUAAAUUAUCAGUAUUCUGACUCCUGAAACACAUCUGCAACUAGUCUGAAACGUGUUCACAUUAAAACAUUUAAAUAAAUAUAUAUCUAUCACCUAAUAAUAUAUCGCAAAGUUAUCGAUAUGUAAAAGCAUGAUAGUUGUUACAGUGAAAUCAUGUUUAUCAAAGUUACAUAAUUAAAAGUUUAAGCACAAAAAUCGACAUAUAAAAUUUCUGUUUAAAAUUUAAUACACAUUUGAGACACUACGCAAUAUAUUUGAACCAUUCUUAAAUUGCGAUAUCACCGAUUUUAUCGUAUUUAUGGUUAAAAAAAUAUGAAAUGUUUGCUAUGACAAGUUAUAGUAUUUUGUACACAAUAAUAACGAGAUUAGGUGAUCUUAUAUAUAUAAUGCUUUUACAACUUGUAUAUGUGUUCACUCUGUGUUUAAAGAAAAGAAACAUCGGCAUUUAUUUUUUAUAUUAUUUUCCAUGAUAAAAUAUAUAGUGUUUUUAAGACAUUAUCAAGAUUAUAAAACAACACAUAUAAAAAUAGGCAAAUCUUUUAAUCCAGUCAGUUGUAUGGUAUUUACAGAAUCUAUUAUAAUUUAUAUUCUGUAUUAUAUAUAAAGAUUGUCAAAGAUCUAUAAGUUCGCAUAUGUUAUACAUAGGGAUAUAAAACUUUUUACAAAAAUUAUUUGAGUUUUUUGAAUAUAUAGACUAUAAUAAAAUGCAAUUUUUUAAAA